ACACGAGUGAGACCUAGUGUGCGCGCCGUGAGCGAGUCCCCUUCUCCCCCUGAAUCCACAUCGCCGAGCGGUGACCCUGACUUCUCCGCACUCAGGCUUGAGCUGCUGGCUUCACUGAGGAAGGACAUCGCGGAUAUUUUUUAAAAAGGAGCUCCAGAAGCUCCAGGAGACUCUCGGGGGUGCGCUGUCUACUAUCCCGCUUGACCUGCAGGCCGUGAAGACACAGCAGGCUGGUGAUAAAGUUGCUACCGAGGCUACCAUAUCAACACUGAAAGGUACUGUUGGGGAAAUGGGGCACGCGCUCUCCGGUUGCACCGAUGACAUAGUUCAUAUGAAGACUACUAUCGAGUCUCUCACUGCGACCGGGACUCAAUUAGAGAAUAAAUGUGAGGAUUUGGAGUCGAGGUCACGGCGCAAUAACGUUAGGAUAGUGGGAGUUCCAGAGGGCGCUGACACCUGUACAACUGCUGCUGUAACGGCCUUGUUUAAAGAGGCGUUUGGUCUGGAGAAGGAGCCGGUUCUGGACCGGUCCCACCGGACCCUUCAGCCGAAGCCCAAGCCUGGUGAACGACCACGAGCUAUUGUGUGCAGAUUCCACUAUCACAGUGACUGUGACAUUUUACGCCGUGCGAGAGAGCUCCAGCGGAUUAAAGUGAGGGAUUUGACCAUCUCCGUUUUCCCUGACUACACAGCCAAGACCGCCCGGGCCCGGGCCGCGUUUAACGAGGUUCGGCGUCAACUUCGUGGUAUUGAGGGAGCUCGCUAUGGAAUACUUCACCCAGCUCGGCUUCGCAUUACAUAUAACGGUGUCCAGAAGGACUUUAUUUCAGCGGAGGAAGCAGGAGACUACGUUAAACUCUUGAUAUCGGGGUGAACUGCAUCACCUAUAUAGUGGAGUUUUAUUCUUAUUUUGCACUCGGCCUUCCAGCUCUACAGAAUUCGGAUUCUUAUUGAAGAUAUUGUCGUGCAUUACUUCGUCUAGAUUUUGUGGACUCACUCCUUUUAAAUUUGCUUCUGUAUUAAUGUGCUUCUCUGUUUUGAUGCUCUGACCGGGUUAGAGUUUAUUUCAUUUUAUUAGUGUUGUUUCCUCAUCUUUACGUGCUACACUGUGUUAUAUUAUUUGUUACAAGUCUUUAAAAGGUAAGGACAUUAUAUUUGUUAAUGUGCACAGACUAUUUAUCAGUUUUGAAGUCAGUAGGGGACUUUUCUCUUACUGGAAUUUUUUUUGUUUAGGUAGUUUAGUUGGUUAGUUCGGCUUACUCUUUGAGUUGUUUCACGUUGUGGACAACUCUUGGUGGGAAACACUGCUGUCUCCCUUUGUUUAAAGGAGACUUUGGGUGUGUUGGGGGGGAGGGGGGUCCCACUCCGGCUGGGACAGGCACCCCUUUAAGAUUUAUUUGUUGGAACGUCAGAGGUAAUCCUGUCAAGAGAUCUAAGUUAGUGUGUCAUGAGUUGAUUCCGGGUGGAAAGACCAUUUCUGUUACUAAUGAAAACAAGAUCAGCUACAUCAACCUGAUGGCACAUUUCCGGAUGCACACCCAGAUAAAGGAGCAGACGGGGACGUUUAUCCGCGGUUUCCGCAGCAUCAUCAACCCCGAGUGGCUGCACAUGUUCUCCACCCCUGAGGUGCAGCGGCUCAUCUCCGGGGACAACGCCGAGAUCGAUCUGGACGACCUCAAAAAGCACACUGUGUACUACGGCGGCUUUCACAGCAGCCACAGGGUGAUAAUCUGGCUGUGGGACAUCCUGUCCAGUGACUUCACUCCUGAAGAGAGGGCCAUGUUCCUCAAGUUUGUCACCAGCUGUUCCAGACCUCCACUGUUGGGUUUCGCCUAUCUCAAAUCGCCUUUCUCCAUCCGCUGUGUGGAAGUGUCGGACGACCAGGGGGAACCAGGCGGCCGUCUGCCCGCCUGCUUCAAACCGCCCACUUACAGCAAGAAGAGCAUCCUCAGAGACAAACUGUGCUACGCUAUCAGCAUGAACACGGGCUUCGAGCUCUCCUAACACUCACCCAGAGACAGAGCUCAUUCAGAAACCAGCAAUGACGAAAAGGAAGCAUAUAUCGAACGCGCUUCCUGAGUUUCUGGGCAUGUCCAGAGAUGAGAGACAUGAACUGCAGCAGCACAGGGAUUAGUCAGAACGUGUUCACUGCGUAUACACACACACACACAGACAGACAGCCAGCCACACACACACUCUGAAUGGAAAAGGCGAGACCUCUGUCCUACUCAGUAUCUAAAGCCAAAGGAUCUCUACUGGCCUUAUUCACUUCCUCCUGGAGUGUGAAACUCGAUCAAACCCCUCAGCAGAUCUUACUCCUGCUUACACUUCAGUUUCAGAGUACCAUUUUGUCUCUCUUUGUUUCUCAUCACUCGCACUCCUGGACCUUCACUUCUCAUGAGGAUUGGGACGGAACCCCUCACAGCCGAGGGUGUGUCUGGACUCUCUCUCGCGCUCUACAGCGGAAAGCAAUACGGAUUCAACACAAAGCCAUGAAACACACCACAUGAAGGAAACACCAGCUGGCGUGUUCCUGAAGCGUUACUCAGACUUUUAUGUAGAUUAAAACACGCAGCUGUUUGGAUCACUGCUCUUGGUUCAGAUUGUGGCUCCACGUGAAAGAUCUAGAAGAACAAAUUUCCAUGUUUCGUCACGUUCCCUAAUACACACUACAGGAAGAGAGAGAGUAUUUAAGUGACUUUUUUUUUGCACAAUAUUUAAAUCAAAGCAGGCUGCCUAGAGAAGUGUGUUGGAUUCAUUUGUUUAACAGAUUUUAUUGUUCUGAAAUCGAGACGUGUUCACUAACUGUAACUGUACAGUGAGCUGAGAGCGACUGAAUGGUUUGUUAUUAAAUCCCCAUCAUCACGACCUGACGGAAGGCCGCACUGAGGAUCUGUAGUGCCGUGCUGCACAAACCCCCAGCAGCAGGAAACUAAACCCAGUGAAGUCUUAAACAAGCAGGUGUAGCUCCAGGUGUGUGUAACGUCCUGUCAUGGGUACAAUGACCUCCAUAAAAUCACUUCUUUUCUAUUUCCUCAUUA